AUGGCACCGGGUGGUGGACACAACGGCACCCAGGGAUGGGGAGAGUACCUGCACUACUCCCUUGAUCCAUUAAAGAUCCGGGUCAACAACUCUGCGUACGCUGGAAGAAGCGCGCGCACGUUUACAAGAGAGGGCCGAUUUCAGCGCAUUAUUGACGAGGUCAAGGCUGGUGAUUGGGUUGUGAUAGAGUUUGGUCACAAUGACGGACCCGGAAACCCAAUCAACGAUACAAUUAAGAACCGAGUUGACUGCCCCGGUAUCGGAGACAACAUCUGUCCUGUGCCUUUCAACAAUCAAACGGAAGUUGUACAGACUUACACUACCUACCUCCGUAAUGCCUCCUCAACCUUCCUCUCCCUCGGCGCCCGUGUAAUAAUCUCAACGUCGACCCCCAUCAACCCCUACUCGACCGGCACCUUCUCGUGGACGCCUACCAUCUACUCGUGGUACUCGUGGUACGUCGUUGAGUCCCUCGGCGGACCCGCGGCCGGCAUCUACUACAUCCCGCACGGCAACUACAGCGCCCAGGCCCUUGAGGUGCAGGGCCAGCAGGCCGCUGUCGAGGGCUACCCGAUGGACGCCGUGCACAUGUCACCAAAGCUGGCGGACUCGUUUGCUGGCGCUUUUGUUUUGGGGCUUAAGUGUGGGACGUCGCCGCUGCAGGAGUAUGUUGUUAAUGCCACGUCGAGACUGGAGGGCGAUAGGUUGGGGCCUUGCCUUCAGGUUAAUGCUACUUUGCCUAUCUAA